CAUCAGCGUGGGCUGUGAGGUUGAGGGGGUGCGCUGGAAUAACGGGGUGAGAGAACAGCUGGAUGCUGGGAUUUAACACAGACUCCUCGGUCUCCCAGCGGUUUCCAGUCGGUGCUGCGGGAUCUACCGUCCGACCUGCUGCUGUUUGACGCUCCCUGUCUUUUUGCAGCGGUCCUUCUGUUCGAAGGAUGCGACGGGCCCGCGGUGCUCUGCGCACUGUGGAAACAACAACCAGCUUCUGUUCUGCCUCUGGAUGCCCGGACCCCCAUCAUCUGGCGAUAACAACCCCCUAUCGUUAGGAUCAGAGCAGAGGGGAUUAGAGGGCGUCGUACAGAGACAUCACUGUCUCCUCCAUUCUUCCUCAGCAAGUCCUUUCUGUUGGUGUGAUGGCUGUGUUGCUGGUACUUCUUCUCUCCGUGCUCCUUCUGUCCCUUCACACUCCUAGUCGAGCGUCUCCUUCCUGUCCUGUGAGCUGUCGCUGCUACAGCCUUACUGUGGAGUGUGGCUCCACCGGCCUGAGGGACAUCCCCAAACACGUUCCUCAAUCCACACAGACCAUCUUCCUCCAGGACAAUGUGAUUGGUCAGAUCCGUCGACAGGAUCUAACUCUGCUGAGGCACCUGCACUACUUGUACCUGCAGAACAACACAAUCUCAGCAGUGGAACCUGGCUCUUUCCAGAACCAGGGUCAGUUGUUGGAGCUGGCUCUGAAUGGGAACCGGAUCCACCUGGUGACAGCUGACAUGUUUCAGGGACUCGAACAUCUUCGCAUUCUUUACCUAGCAGGAAAUGACAUCACACGCCUGCUGGACUACACCUUUCGUGGCUUACAGCGUCUGCAGGAGCUCCAUUUGCAGCACAACAGUUUAGAGAUGUUAGCAGACCAGGCUCUAGUUGGUUUGUCUUCCCUGGCUCUCCUGGACCUGAGCAGAAAUAAUCUUCACACCAUUGGCCCGGUGUCCCUGCGACCUCUGGUCAGCCUGCAGGUGCUGCGCAUCACAGUGAACUGGAGGAAGAGAGAUCUUGGAGAGCAGCUGAGAGUGACCUGGAGGAAGGCGUCCCAGGGAAAAGUGGUGCUUUCUCCCAGAGGCCUGGUUCAGGAGCUGGGUGCUGGAGGAGGUGCAGUGGGCAGAGCAGAGGAGCCCUCAGAGGAAGGCAGAGUCAGUCUGCAGAAGACUGAAGGCGAGCGCUUUGACCCCGACACCGGCAGUGGAAUGCUGUUCCUCAGUAAUGUGACUGUGGCUCACGCAGGUUUCUAUGAAUGUGAAGCCUGGAACGCAGGAGGCGUGGCCAGAGUGACCUUUCAGCUUGCCAUCAACUCAUCCACUUCCUCCUCCUCCUCUUCCUCCUCCAUCUGGGCCUCGUGGUCCCAGGUGUCUUCGCCAUACUCCCCCGCCUGGCCCCGCCUAAGGAACCACGGUCCUGCUUGGGGCUCAGAUGUGAGCCGGGAGCCCCUGUACGCUCUGGGCAGCAUGGCCUUCAGCGCUCUGGGAGCUGCUACCCAGACUGCCAUCGCUGUGGGCAUCUCUCUGCUGGCUCUGACUGCUCUGCUGCUGGUUGCCAUGAUCUACAGCCGACAUCACCAACGAGACAAGGAAGCUGAUGGAGCUGAGAAGGAGGAGAGCAUCCUGUAUGUGAAUGACUACUCUGAUGGCCCCACCACCUUUGCCCAGCUGGAGGAGUACCGUGACGAGCGCGGCCAUGAGAUGUACGUACUCAACCGGGCCAAGCCUGUGCUGCCCCCUGCUCCACCCACAGCCGUCUCCACCACUAACCUGGGUUGCCCCGCUCCAUCUGACACCUCCAGCCACACCCUCUCCUCAGGGCCGGGCCAGAACAUGAGUCCCACUCUGGUCCCCAACAAACAGCAGCAGCAGCAGCAGGAGGGCGACAUACGGACCAUGAGGAGAAUGGCGGGGGAGGGAGGGGAGGCUGAGCCUGUGAUCACAUCAGAGGCUGAAGGGAUGUUUCUUAAUCACACAGGCCUGUUUAUGGACUCUCAGAUCGCCUAUGAGAUCCACUGCUGAAGUGGGAAGAGGAUCCACUGCAGAACACAGGGUUUGUAUAUGUGAGGCAGCGCAUACGGCAAAAACUGUCACAUCUAAUCUGAAGAAAGUAAGGGUAACACACUGAUUUAACACUACUAUACUAUACUCAUCCCUGUAGAGUGAUUCACUUCUACAAGGCUCAUUUACUCUUAUUGGAGAAGAUUUACAUACCUGGCAGAGUUCACAGUCUGGUUUAUUAAAUCAAGCAUAGCACUGAGACUUUUCAAUACUGUGACACCAAAACAUCAGUGGUGAGUAGAUGCCCUACACUCAAAGACAAUUUUACCUGGACUAAGGUUCAUACUGAGCUGCUCACACUAUCCUGUACGUGAACAUUUGGGUCAACAUUUAUCAGAACUACUUUCAUACCAAAAACCUUCCAUCAUCAUUGCUGUACAAGAGUUCAAGAACUGAGACAAAGCUUAUUGUGUUUUCCCCAUACAAAAUGGGGAAAGUCAUGUAAACUUCCAGUUCAUGAGCAUGUCCCACAUGCUCUAGUGUGUUUUUUUUAUCUGUUUGGAUAUGUUUUAUUUAAUCUGAGACUGUGCAUGCUGUUGAAGGCAGUACAGUAAGUGUGGGACAGCCACAGCUGAUUUUUGUAACUAUUGGUUUAAACAUGAGUGGACAUGUUAAUCAUCACAGAGAAAGGAUUUUAAGGGAAGGAGUCCUAAUCUCCCAUCAUUUGCCAUAUGGAUCUGUUUUGAUCAACAUCCUGUCCAGUUCCAGAUACCUACAAUGAAACUCUGGGGUCUGUAUUGCCCAACAAAUUCAAACUACUCUGGCUCACUUUGGAUUUGCUGCCUCACUGAGCCUGACAUUGGUGAUACUGGUUAUCAUGAAGCUGGUUAUCGCAUGGCUCACUUACCCUGUUUUUUUUAUGAGCAGGUUCACAUGAAAAAGCCAGGUUUCUUAAUUAGAGGCAACAUCAACAGAUCUUAGAAAUACUCCAGCAUAAUAUAUAAUAUGAAAUAGCAUGAAGUGGGUGCUGUGGUGGCAGAAAGUAAUAUUCAGUGAGGUAAACAAUAUAUAAAUAAAUCACAACUAAAAUUUAAUUAGAAAUAUUAGGAAUAUAAUAAGAAAUAUCAUGUAAAUAUUAAAAGUGGGACAAGUAUAAAUUGUUGGGAUUACUAUAAUAGCAUUAUUAAAACUAGAGCCCAACUGCUAUAUUAAAACACAUAUACAAAUAGUCUACUUGGAACAAUAAUGUGUGUCUGUAUGAUUUCUGCAUUAAAAUCCUUAAAAAGGCAUCUACUCCCUCUGCCUCAUUAAAAAU